AAGAGGAUUUGGCGGCGGCACCAGCUCGGAGCAGCGUUCCAUGGCUGCUACCGGGGAGGGCACUCCGCUCCAUCUGCGCUAAUGCAGUUCGAGCUGCGAAAACGCGGUCAUGGCGGCGCCAUGGAUCUGAAGCCUGGAUCCAAAUCCAGUUCUUUCCCGGAUCGAAUUGGCGCGGGGCGGGAAGGAUCUAUAACUAGUCCACCUGCUCUAAGUUUGUUCAUCCACCCAUCCACCAUGGAAGCUCCAGAUCGGGAUUGGUCCGAGCUACCAAUCGACAUAUUGUGCGACGUGCUCAAGUUGCUCGAGUGCCCGGACCUCCUCAGAUCCGCCGCCGUCUGCUCAAUCUGGUACAAGGCGUACUCCACGCAACGCUCCAUCAGUGCUUGCCCUGGACACCAAACACCAUGUCUGCUCUAUUGCACCGAGGCCGCCGGCGGGCUAAAAGCUCUUGGCAUGUACAGCCUCUCCGAGCAAAAGGCCUAUACCAUGCCGUUCCCUGAACAUCCCAUCAAGAACUGGUUCGGCUCAUCCCACGGAUGGCUAGUCACUAUGGAUGACAAGUCUGACCUGAUGCUGCUCAACCCAAUUACCGGCAACACUAAUGUACUCCCUCCAGUGACAACCAUGGAGCAUGUUAAACCUAUCCUAAACGGGGGCGAGGUUCUUGAAAAGUAUGAGGUGUUUUACUAUGAUGGAGAGCUUCCUAGGGUCGUGGACGAGGACACCAGUAUAUUUUCUUUGGAGGAGUAUGGUCAUAUGGUCUACCUAAAGGCAACUUUAUCGUGUGAUCCAUCGGUAGGUGCAUGCAUCGUCAUGCUCAUCCACCAGCCGUACGGGCAGCUCUCGUUUGUCAAGGUAGGAGACACUCGCUGGAAUUGGCUCAACAUGGGUAUUAACUAUACAGAUUGUAUAUACCACGACGGAUGGUUCUAUGCAGUUACUCAUGGAGGCGCAAUUGAUGCAUACAAUUUAAAUGGACCGUCUGUCAUCCAAAAAAGAUUUUUACGCAGAAUAAUUCGGACGGUUUCAAAAUGUCACAUUGUUCAGGCAGAAUGGGGAGAUGUCCUCCAAAUCAUUAGGAAGGAGAUUCUCGAUCCUGAACGACCGGACAGUCAUACAUGGAUCCCUGAAAUCAAAGUGUACAGGGUUGAUUUUGAUAAGGAGAAGUGUGUCAGCAUAACAGAUAUAGGGGACUAUGUGUUGUUCAUUGGGAGCAGCACAACGUCUUGUUUAAGCGUGAAGGACUAUCCAGACUUGAUGCCAAACCAUGUCUAUUUCACUGAUGAUGACGACGGAGCACACAUACUUGAGAAAGACUACCCUCCCAAGGUUGGGAUUUACAACAUUAAAAAUAAUACCACGGUGAAUGUGGUUCAUCCUGAACUUUGGAUGAAUUGGUUGCCCCCCAUAUGGUUGACGCCGAGUCUUGAGAAAACGGGAUCUCAAGAUAAUAACGGCGGGGGCGGUAAUUCCAUUGCGGUCAUCAAUAACCAGUUGGAAACAACAGAAUUGGCAUCAAUAAAUUGAGCUGUAGGCUAGCUGUAGCAGUAACUCAUUCUCAUGUGAAUUCCAUGAGAAUUUGAGAAGGCAUGCAUAUUGUUUCAAUGUAACACCUCCACAUUUUGUUUGCUAACACCUCCACAUUUUGUUUGCUGCACUUAUGCUUUUGUCCAUUGAAUAAUAAUGCGAUAUCAUGCGAGGCCGG